GCGCAGUUUAGUAACAAUUCAUAAAUUCCGAGGGCGGGAAGGCGGUUUCGCACAACAAUUCCAAGAGCAAAUUGGCGGGCCAUUCAAAUCUCAUUAUUCCAUCUAUAAAACCCGCGAAACCCCCAUUUUCUUCCCCUUUUAUACAAACUCCGCAACCAAUCAUUUCUUCUCCAGUAUCCCGGAUCCCCUCUCCCCCCACAAAAAAAAAAAAAAAAAAUCGAAACGAGAAUUCCAUGGCGAACAACAACCCUCAGAAUCCAGUCAGAAGAAGCUUGAAGCGGAAGUUCGACGAAGAUUUCGAAGAGCAACUGCAAGAUCACGCCCCCGAUCGCAAGAUCCCUAGCAAUGCUCGCGGAGAUCUGAUCCGCGAUGUCCGAUCUCAUCUUCGCCUCCUCGAUUCCGCCUUCUCGUCCUCCGAUUCCGAUCGCACCGCCGCCAGGAAAGCCUCCCACGCCCUCUGCGAACUGGCCGAGGACGAGGAAAUUGUGAGUGUCAUAGUCCAUUGCGGAGCAAUUCCGGUUCUGGUUAAUAAUCUACAGGCGCCGCAGCCGGGGAGAGGCGACGAUGCGACGAGGCGGUGUGAUUAUGAGGUGGAGAAAGGAAGUGCUUUCGCGCUUGGACUUCUUGCGGUUAAACCGGAAUAUCAACACCUUAUCGUUGAUUCUGGAGCUUUAUCGCAUCUCGUGGAGCUGUUAAAAUGGCAUAAGAGUGGUGUUAGCUCUCGAGCAGUCAGUGGUGUUAUCAGGAGAGCGGCUGAUGCAAUUACUAACCUUGCUCAUGAAAAUAGCAGCAUCAAAAGCCGUGUCAGGAUUGAAGGUGGUAUUCCUCAUCUUGUUGAGUUGCUUCAAUUCUCUGAUGCCAAGGUACAGAGAGCGGCUGCUGCAGCCUUGCGAACCCUUGCAUUUAAGAAUGAUGAAAACAAAAAUCAGAUUGUAGAGUGUAAUGCAUUACCUACCCUUAUUCUAAUGCUUCGGUCUGAGGAUGCUGCUAUACAUUAUGAAGCGGUUGGCGUAAUUGGUAAUCUUGUACACUCAUCCCCAAACAUUAAGCAACAAGUUCUCCAAGCUGGUGCUUUACAACCAGUUAUUGAACUACUCAGUUCUUGCUGUUCGGAGAGCCAAAGGGAAGCAGCUUUAUUACUUGGUCAAUUUGCGGCGGCUGAUUCAGAUUGCAAGGUUCACAUUGUACAAAGGGGAGCUCUUCAGCCAUUGAUUGAGUUACUUCUGUCUCCAGAUCCACAACUUAAGGAGAUGUCAGCUUUUGCACUUGGGAGAUUGGCACAGGAUACACACAACCAAGCUGGCAUUGCUUAUAAGGGUGGUAUUCUCCCUCUACUUAAGCUUCUUGAUUCAAAAAAUGGCUCCUUGCAACACAAUGCCGCAUUUGCUUUAUAUGGUCUUGCAGAUAAUGAGGAUAAUGUUGCACAUAUAAUCAAAGUCGGAGGUGUUCAGAAACUCCAAGAAGGAGAAUUCAUAGUUCAACCAACUAAAGAUUGUGUGUCAAAGACAUUGAAAAGAUUAGAGGAAAAGAUUCAUGGACGUGUACUAAACCAUCUAUUAUAUCUUAUGCGCGUUGGUGAUAAAAUGGUUCAAAGAAGAGUGGCUUUAGCUCUUGCUCAUCUUUGUUCACCUGGUGACCAGAAGACUAUUUUCAUUGAUAACAACGGUUUAGACCUGCUAUUACAGCUUCUAGAAUCUACGAACCUGAAGCAACAACGAGAUGGUUCUUUGGCCUUGCACGAGUUGGCUACAAAAGCUUCUUCUCUUACCCUCGUGAAUGCAGCUCCACCCUCACCAACUCCGCAGGUGUACUUGGGUGAGCAAUAUGUAAACAACCCCACCCUUUCUGACGUCACAUUCUUAGUUGAAGGUAAACGGUUUUACGCUCACAGAAUCUGUCUGCUUGCUUCUUCUGAUGCAUUCCGUGCAAUGUUUGAUGGUGGUUAUAGGGAAAGGAAUGCUAAAGACGUAGAGAUCCCAAACAUAAAAUGGGAUGUUUUCGAAUUGAUGAUGAGAUUCAUAUACACAGGAUCCGUAAGAGUCGAUUUAGAUAGUGCUCAAGAUGUACUCCGAGCUGCAGAUCAGUAUUUUUUGGAGGGUCUUAAGCGUAUUUGCGAGUAUACCAUUGCUCAGGAUAUUUCUGUAGAAAAUGUUUCCCUCAUGUACGAGUUAUCAGAGGCUUUCAACGCUAUGUCGCUAAGAGAAGCUUGCAUUCUGUUCAUAUUGGACCAAUUUGACAAGCUUUGCAUCAGGCCAUGGUAUGUUCGUUUGGUUAAACACAUCAUACCGGAGAUACGAAGAUCCUUGACUAACGCACUCACAAAGCCUGUCCAACACGAACCGUGCCAAGAACAGAUGACUAGCUAGAGUUUUGAUCUUAACUAUUAGUAUAGAAGGCGAAAUGUACAUAUACUUGUACACUAGUGUGUAAUUGAUGAGCAAUUCUUUUAUAGUU